AUGAACCUCCAGCUCGUCGUCGCCCUGGCCAGCAAACACUGCCCCGGAAACAUGCCCAAGGCCGCACCCGAGAGUUCGCGCCGGGCAGGCAAGCACGCCGCGCCCGUCAAACUCAAGCAGAAGGAGCCACAGUAUGAGAAAACAGCGGAGGCGCCCGAGAUUGUCGUCGAGGACGUCGACGGGGACGCUGUGAUGGUGUGUGGGCGUCCGCCGACGUUGGCCGAGCGCGUCCAGAUGGCGGAGCAGCCCCAGACGCAGUAUGUGGUUCCCUCGCAGGGGCGGUCUCUGAGCCGCACGCAAUCGUUCGCGUCCUUGACGGAGGCGGCACAGCAUCUGGAGCGGGUCCCCGCGCGUGCCACAGGCGCAGUCUCCAAGCCGCCCGCGCACGACUCGGACCCGUCGUCCGACUCGCUCGACACCGACCUCGACAUCGACGGGAUCUUCGGCGCGCAGCCCCGGCGUUUCCUCGAGCCGCCCGCCCCAACCACGGUGCCCGCGCCCUCGGCGCGCUACGCGCUCUCCAUCGGCGUGCCGGCGCGGCACCUCGAGGUAUGGGAUCUGACCGACGGGGACGCGUUCGCCUGGCCGGUGUGCCUCCGCCUGACGGACACGCUGACGGCGUGCAGCCCCGGCCCCGGCCUGCCGCCGGUCGCCGUGCUCGACGUCGAGUGCGCGUGCCGCGGCGCGAAGGGGGAGGCGCUGUACGCCGUGUCGAACGCGCCGCGGGCGGUCGAGGCGGGGUGCGCGGGGAGCGUGCGCGUGACGGAGCACUGGCGCGUGAGCGGGGGGCAGGGGUGGACGCUCGUCGCGUGGGUGCCCGUGCCCAUGCGCCUCUUCCGCCGCGCCGAGACGCGCGUCUUCGGCGUGCGCGCGCGGGCCACGCUGGAGAACGCGCAGCGCAGCGUCGUCGAGGCGGCGGAGGUGCACGUGAGCGUGUCGCACUUGCGCUCGGCGAGCGUGCUGGGGAGCAGGGCGUAG